AUGUCGUCAGAUUCUGAAGAAGAAGCUCUUACAACUCGUGACUAUCAGGAGAUAGCAGAAGAAAUUGAAAAGUAUAAAAGGGAUCCUGAAACUUCAGAAAUGUUUGUGUCGGGCUGGGAUGAUGCUGACGUUGGUGUUGACAUUGUGAAAAAUCCAAAGGCGAAUCCAGUAGAUCAUAUUUUAUGGGCUGCUGAAAAUGGUGAUCUGGAGACUAUAAAGGACAUUCUAAGUAAUCAACCAGGUCUAGUCCAUGCCAAGGAUGCAGAUGGAUAUUCUCCUCUUCAUAGAGCAUCAUAUAGCAACCAUAUUCAUGUAAUAUCAUAUUUGCUUAGUGUUGGAGCUAAUGUUCAUUUAAAAACUGAGCUUGGUUGGACACCAUUACAUUCAGCAUGUAAAUGGAAUAAUUAUGCUGCUGCUGCCAGAUUGCUUGCGGCAGGAGCAGACCCUGCUGCUUUGUCAAAUGGAGAACUAACACCACUACAUUUGUUAUCUUCAAUUGGUCAGUCCAAAUCCACUUUAUUAAUUUUAUUUUUAAGAGAAGACAUAGUAGAAGUUGCUCAAAAACCAAAUAAUUCAAAUGAAACUCCUAAAAUAUUAGCUUGUGGUCAUGGAAUUUAUGCUCCUCUGUUUGAAAUGGUUCUCCCAGCAGCAUCACAUAUUCAAUCUUUAGAGUUCACAUGCAAUCCUUAUAUACGAAAUUAA